AUGAGAGCCAUGCUUCUGUUUUUGAUCAUCGCGGUCUUCGUGGCCUUGGCUUCGGCCCAGUGCCCUCCCGGUGCACACAUCGUCGUCGCCCGCGGCAGCGAGGAGCCCCAGGGCCCUGGUGUCCUGGGUCCCGUCGCUGAGCGUAUCAAGAAUCUUGUUCCUGGCUCUGAUGUCGAGUCCCUCAUCUACCCUGCUCUGUUUGAGCCCUACAACCCCUCGCAGAUGGCUGGUGUUGCCGCCAUGACCCAGCUUGUUGGUGACUUUACCCACGAGUGCCCCAACACCAAGGUGAUCAUCCUUGGGUAUUCCCAGGGCGCUCAUGUCACCAUGGACACCUUCUGCGGUGCCAGCUCCACCGGUUUCCCUGAGACCGCUCCCCUCCCAUCGUCCUUCUCCAGCAAGGUUGCUGCCAUCAUCGUCAUGGGCGAUCCCAGCCUUGUCGAGGGCCAGCCCUUCACCGUUGGGAGCAGCGACGGCAGCGGUGUUCUCGCCCGUCAGAACCCCGAUGGCUGCAAGGCCAUUGUCAACAAGACCAUCUCCAUCUGUGAUGCUGGUGAUCCUUUCUGUGAGGCUGGCAGCCAGAACCUCACUGUCCACAUGAGCUACGCUACCGUCUGGGCUGACUACAUCGUCAGCCGGGCCGGUGCCAUGUUUCAAUCAGCUCAAGGUUGA